GUCACCCAUGGUGGACAGACUUCAGCGGAGCUUUUAGAUGAGACGGACUAGGAAGAACACCUGGUCUCCCACUUCUGAAAAAAUUGGCCAUGAAAACCCUCUGAACAGCAGCGUAGCAUCGUCUGAUAUAGUGCCUAAGUUCUGAAGUAUAUUUGGGCCCGGAGGAUGUGUCUGGUUGUUGCACAGACACACAGCCUGUGACUGGAUCUGCACAGCUAAGAACAACUGGAUCUUGCUCUCACUCAGCCAGAGGAAGAUUCCUUGGGUGAAGCCACACCUCCUUCCAGCCUGGACGCAGACUGGUGAGCUCUCAGGGAGAACUCUGAGAUCCUGCAGGUGACACCAUGACCUCAGAUGCCCGUGGGGUCUGCCCAGACAGCAAUAGCUUUCUUGAGGCUGCCAUGGAGUACUUCUGGAAAACAGUGAGCAGAGAGGAACUGCAGCUCUUGCUGACUGAUGGUGAAGCCUGGGAGAGAUUUGUGGCUGAGGCUGAUUUGUCAAGGGAGGAGGCAGAUGCGCUACACGAGGGUCUGAAUGAGAUGAACACAGACGUGGCCAUGGAGGACAAGGUCAUGAUCCAAAGAGAUCAGGAAAAUACAAAGAAGUUUUUGGACAAGUUUCCUCAGGUGAAACGGGAGCUUGAGGAGCGCAUCGGAAAGCUCCACGCACUUGCAGACAAGGUUGACAAGGUACACAGGGACUGCACCAUCUCCAACGUGGUGGCCAACUCCACUGGCGCUGUGGCUGGCGUCCUGACUUUCCUUGGCCUGGCUCUGGCACCCGUGACAGCAGGGGUCAGUCUGGCACUCUCAGCAACUGGGAUAGGGCUGGGAGCCGCAGCUGGUGUGACCACUGUGUCCACCAGCAUCGUGGAAUAUUCAACCAACUCGUCAGCAAAAGCUGAAGCCAGUCGCCUGGUGUCAUUUGACGUUGACAAAGGAGAGAUUGUCAAGGAAAUUCUAUGUCACACUGCACCCCGUGUAUUUUCCUUAUCAAAGAAUUUCAUCGAAGUCGUGGGAAGUAUUGGGAAGAACAUCCGUGCUCUCAAGGUGGCCAAAACCAAACCUCACUUGGUAGGCCAUGCCAAGCGCCUCAUGACUGUUGGGAGGAUCUCAGUCCGAAGGGGCAAGCAGGUGAACAAAGCUUUUGGAGGUACUGCUCUGGCAAUGACUAAAGGAGCCCGGGCCAUGGGUAUGGCCACCACAGGUGUCUUCCUUCUGGUGGAUGUGAUCAGCCUUGUCCAAGAUUCAGUGCAUUUGCAUAAAGGGGCAAAGGCAAAGUCAGCUGAAGAGCUGAGGCAGGAGGCUCGGGAGCUGGAGAGGAAGUUGGAGGAGCUCACCCAGAUCCAUGACAUGCUGCAACAGGGCCUCAUUCUAUGGCCCACAGAGUAAUGCAGGGAGCACAGACAUGUGCAGGACAAAGGCAUGCAAGUACCUUGUUAGCGGGGGGAAAAAGAGGGUGAGAUAAAAUUUACGACAAUGGGUAUUAAGGAGUUUGGCAUUUCUGUCGCUGAACACAGCAGGGAGGGGUUAAUGCAAAUGUCAGGUGAGUGGAAGAGAAGGAAGGAAUGUGGAGCCUGGAAUAAGGGAGGAGAGGGGAUUGGAAGUGAGAGGAACGGGGAGAAACAAUUUAUUUUGGACUAAAGAAGACACUGGGGGCAUGGAUAGAGAAGUGUGGAAGAACAAGCAAUGAGAAGGCUGGGAAAACUACAGAGUUGAAAGCAGUACAAAGCUAGAGCGUUAGAAUUGUUGGAAUAUGGAGAAGUAGCCUGGCUCCUCUAUUGACCCCCCUCGUGCUUUGACGUCCCAGCAAGAAUGCAGUCUUUGCCUGGUGGUGGUCUUUAGCUCUACCUUUUCAAGAUCAACUCAGCUUUGUCUUCCAGCAGGUUCAUCUUAGGCAAUGACUUCUUGAUGAUGAUGAUUGUGGUGAUGAUGAUGAUGGCAGCUGUGGUGGUGAUGACAGCAGAGUAGGUGGAACAUUUGGUAAAUCACUGGUGCUCUUUGGGGCCAGGGUGCACUGAGAAAGCAAUGAAGUCCCAGUGAAAUUGCAGAUGCUUUUUUGAAACAGUGAUUGGUUUGAAAAAGUAUAGAAAAGUGAAACCAGACGCAAGCAUCAAGUCAAAGAACCUUGUGUUGUGUCAAGAUCAACCAACUUGGAGUCAAGAGACGCAGCUUUUCUGAGCCUCAGUUUCCUCAUCAGUGGUGCGGGGGCGUUGCUGGACAAGAUCAUAUUUCACAUCAGUCUGGUGUUCAAUAGACGGGAUGAAUAAAUAUGGACUGAUACACUGAGCCUUUGUUGUGCUGAUCGACACAUUCAUCUGGCCUCUGGAUGCUUGACUUCCCUUCCCCAUGAGCCUGUCUUCCAGGAUCUCAGGGAGCAAGUCCUCCAUUUCUCCUCCUGCUCGCUCACUGGGCUCCCACCCUUCUAUUUGGUUCCUUCCCUCAGACCUCAGUGCCCUGCGGGGCCCCACUGGAACACCUUGGGGAAGCUUGUGCACAUUUGGCUUGGGCCGAGCACAAGCAUGCUCCUUACCCAGUAGCUGGGACCCAGGACUGACAUGUGGCACAUGAAGCUGAUUAGGAUCAGAAGGGCCUCUGUGCAGGUGUGAGAGAGGGUCAGAGAUAAAUAGAGGGACAGAGAGAGAUAGCCGGACAGCAAACAGCCUCACUGGAGCUACCCUUACAUUUCACCCAGACUCCAGCAAGAGCUUCCAGAAAGGUCUCCUUGUGUUUACUCUCGUUGCUCUGCUCCUGCUCCCUGUACACUGGGCCAGAAUGGCCCUGAAGAAUAUAGAUCUUAUCCAGCACCUGCUUCCAAACCUUCAAUGGCUCCCCAUUACUCUUUGCACAAAAGCCUAAAGGCUCCAUGCAGCCUAAAGUAGACUUGGGUCCCCUGAAGGCAGAGCCGGAGGAAAGGCUCUCUCGCAGAGGGUUUGUGUGGGAAGUGGUCCCCAGGAGCAGGACUGAGGGAUCUGGGAAGGGGGCAAAGAAGGAGGAAAAGUCAAACCAAAGACAUGUUCCUGACAUGGUCAAGCAUGUGGGCAAUUGAGUCUGCCAGGACCUUCUGAGGAGCCUUUCUGGAAUGGCCUCAGAAUCAUCUCUCCAGGGAGGAAGGAGGGAAGCAUUUGCCCAUUGCUGCCAUCCCCCGGGGGCUUGCUCCAGUGGGCGCUGAUUCUCUGUAUCUCCAUGUGUGGAGCUUGUGCGUCAAACAGGUUCCCAUGACUGGAGCCCAGGCCAAGAAACAAGAGACACAGGACAUGCAAAAUUAUCCCAGAAAGUCUGCUGAAUCACUCACAAAGUGUAUCCAGUGCCUUGGGUGUCCUUCUGUACAUAUCACCUUGCAGAAGACUUUCCUCAGUCCCUCUAACUCUCUAUCCCCCAAAUAUUCUUGAGGCCAUCAAUGGAUUCUUCCAUUUUUUCCUGAAGAAGUCAUCAAAGGCAUGGCCACCUGCUUGCCUGAUCACCUGAACAAUGUGUUUCAUCUCUUUAUCAA